UUCUUUUUUACAGAAGCUAUGUGGAAGUGGUGAUCUGAAUGCUUCUCUGACGUCCCAACAAUUUGAAGAACAAUCUAUGUUUGGGGAAGCCGGUGAUGGCUUGAGUAACCUGCCCAGUCCUUUUGCCUACCUCCUCACCAUCCACCUGAAGGAAGGCCGGAACCUGGUCAUCCGAGACCGCUGUGGCACAAGCGAUCCCUAUGUGAAAUUUAAGCUGAAUGGAAAGACGCUGUACAAAAGUAAAGUCAUAUAUAAGAACUUGAACCCAGUUUGGGAUGAGAUAGUUGUACUUCCAAUUCAAAGCCUUGAUCAAAAGCUCCAUGUGAAGGUAUAUGAUCGAGAUUUAACUACAUCUGAUUUCAUGGGUUCUGCAUUUGUCAUUCUCAAAGAUCUUGAGCUUAACAGAACGACUGAACAUAUUUUAAAAUUGGAAGACCCAAACAGUUUAGAAGAGGAUAUGGGGGUGAUUGUAUUAAAUUUGAGCCUAGUAGUAAAAUACGGUGAUUUCAAGAGACAU